AUGGAAGGCUCAUUCGAGGUUACCUUCUACUUAAAGUGCGAUAAAGGUGGUAGCAGCAUACCAUACAUCAUUGGAGACCACCCAGCUCUCGGCAACAACGUCAUCAGCGACGCAAUUACUUUGACUCAGAUUAACGGACCUUACAAUUACUCCGUUAAGAUCACCUUUGACGAGCCAAUUACCGAACCAAUCAAAUACCGUUAUUACUUCAAGACACAGUUCGGUGCUUACCUUAAAGAAUCAAUUCCUCUUCGUGUCUUGCCACUUUUUACCACAGAUUCACACGUCUAUGACACCUUUAAUGUCACAAAUCCUCUUAGCGGCGUUCUUAUCCGCCUUAGGACCCGUGUAUUCACACAUUAUGGCCAAGAACUUUAUGUAUCAGGCAAUAUCCCAGAACUUGGCAACUGGAAGUCAGAUGAAGCCGUCCCACUCUUCUUCGAAGGCAAUCUUGACUACUGGUCAACGACAUUCAUGAUUCCAUUGUCAACAAAGCCAAGAACAAUUGAAUAUAAGUACAUAGUCUCAAGAACAGGCGGUGUAGAUUACUGGGAACCAGAUGAGAACCACAAACUCGAAAUCGGAGCCACUCCUUCCCCAACAAUUAUCGAAAUCGCCGACCAGUACCGUUGGAAGGACCCAGUCAUGAACGCCUUCACACGUGCAACAUUCAAAGAAGUUCUCAACCGCAGAACCAACACAGUUAUGCCAGAUCCGAUCGAACCAGAGCUUGUUCGUCCUACAUUUGUAAAGACGCACUUCCAAGUGAACUGUCCAUAUGUCCACAGUACACAAUCCGUUGUUGUCGUUGGCUCAAUCCCAGAACUUGGUGAAUGGAAUCCAUUACACGGUCUAAAACUCGAAGAUGGCAAGUUCCCAAUCUGGGCCAACUCCAUUGACUUGAAGGCCACUUCAUUCCCAUUCGAAUACAAGUACGUUCUUUCGAAUAACGACGGAACAUUUAUUUGGGAAGAGCAGAACAACAGACACUGCCACGACCAUCAUUAUCUCAAUACGACGGAACAAUCCCUAUGA